AUGCCGCUCAUCAUCCUCACGGGACUGCCCACGUCGGGCAAGUCGACACGGGCGAAGCAACUGCAUGAUUACCUCGCCGAGCGCAUCCCCGGAACAAAGUACAGGCUGCACCUGAUAUCAGACGACUCGCUUUCAAUAUCGCGAUCCGUGUACGACCUCUCCACGGUGCCGGUGCAUACAAGAUCGGCCAACGCCAGCGAAAAGGAUGCGAGGGCGGCCAUUUACGGCGCCGUAAAGAGAGUGCUGAGCGACAAGGACAUUGUCAUCCUCGAUGGCCUGAAUUACAUCAAAGGCUGGCGGUACCAGCUACACUGCGAGGCGAAAGCCGUUCGAACGCCGAGCUGCAUAUUACAGAUUGGAUGCUCCAAAGACCGCGCGCAGCAGGUUAACGAAGACAGGCUAAAACGAAGCCAGACUACGGCUGAUGAGGAGGGGGCCGACACAACGGGCGACAUUGCAGAGCCGUAUGAGCCUGCAAACUGGGAGAACCUCGUCUUUCGACAUGAAGAGCCUAAUCCCAUGACUCGCUGGGAUAGUCCUCUAUUUACGAUUAUAUGGGAGGACGAUGACGAGCAGGUCAAGAAGACGUUUGACUCUCUUUGGGAGGCCGUUGCGGGAGACGGCCGCAAAAUCAUCAGGCCAAACCAGGCUACGGAGCCCCGAGGGCGCGAUGCGAGUGGCGAUUACCUGUACAUGCUGGAUCGUGAAACGCAGGACAUUGUGAAGCGAAUCCUGGACCAACAGGGCGAUGAUGGCGGCGGCGAGGUCAAAGUCUCUCUUAGCGGUGGCAAGAAAGAGCUUGUCGUUGAGCUGCCGGCGAGAAAGAUUGGCUUGCCGGAGCUGCAGAGGCAUCGAAGAGCCUUUAUGGGUUUGAAUAGAGGGGGGAUUGGACUGGAGAAGGUGACCAACAUGGCUGCCGACUCGUUGAGGGAGUCAUUUGUCAACUACCUCAAUAACGCAUUUGAGAAUGAAUGA